AUGGCAGACAAACCAAUGUAUGUACGCUACAGCCACCCAGCAAUGAGGCAUCCAAGGCCUACGCGUAGACUCCCUACCGUAAUGUUUAAUUCGUUUGAAGCACAAGGAGAGCAAGGCUCACCCCUUGGUUUAUUCUUGCAGUUGCAGGAGGAAAUGGAUCGUGAGGGUCCAUGGGGGCUUCGCCCCGUUUUUUUGCCAACGAGCUAUGCGAACAGCAACGCCCCUCUCACAGCUAUCAACCAGCAGGGUAUCGGAGGUUACCUAAGAAAGAAGGCAAUAGUCGCAAAUGCGCAAGUUUUCUCUCGCGCUCGUGGACAAUCUACAUAUUUUGCAGAGUUGGCGAUGCUUGAAGCGGGGUUGAGUCGGCUGACGCUGGAGGAUAACAGGAAUUGA